CGUAGAAAUUUCUCAAGAGCUUAUUUAUUCAAUAGAUCCAAUAGGCGAUAUAUCUAAACAAUUCAACAGUUGCAAUAAUAGGCCAAAUACACACGAAUCGAAACUUUUUGAAUAGAAAGAGUUUAUUGAAUAAAUAGGCAACAAGUCUACGGGAUUAACUCAUUGUCACUAUUGACUAGACGAACUUAGCAACACAGUAACUAAAACUAAGGAAAUAUCUGUCAAUUAUGCAAGGUUCGCCAGAAUUUUAUUCAAAGAUAAAAACUGAAGAGAACGAGAAGCCAAUCGUUGUCCAUCCAGUGACAAAAAAUUGUCUUAUUCCGCUGGACAAUAAAACAAUCUUUCGAGAAGUUUUUGAUAAUUCGGCUAUAGUAUGCAAAUACUGCCAUCAAAUUUACAAAGAACCUACCAACCUUGGCUGCUGUCAUACUUUUUGCAGGAAAUGCGCCAGCAGUCUGGAAAAAAAGGUAAACGAUGAAAGGAAGAAAAUAAUAGAGUGUCCAAUAUGUAGUCGGGAGACCAAGGUAAAGUUCGGAGCUGAAAAAUUAUCGCUCAAUUUAACAAUGCUGAAAUUGGUGGAUACUGUAAGGAAAGGGAAAGCAACGUCAAAUUACAGACUACCUUCGGUCAGGAAGACUGAAAAGAAAACUGAACAUAAAUGCUCUUUUCAAACUGAAGAAUCAGAGGAAAAAAGUCACCCAAAGCCUACUUUAACUUGUACAAAAUGUACGAAAAGCGUUUGCAUAUUGUGCUUGUCAAAGUUUCAAUUAACGUGCAGAAAAGGCGGUAAGCACAUUUUCGCGGAAGAUCAAUCAUUUAACAGAGAAGCUAGUAUUGAUAUUCAUCGAUCCGAAAAAGACAAAAGCGAAGAAGGAGAGAGGAUAUUUACGGAAAGCUUAAAAUCACCUAAUUUUGAUGAUUAUGUGUCUCUAGAUGACACUGAGAAACAAUGUGGUGCUAAAUUCAAGUCGAACUGCAAUACGAAUGAUUCUACAGAUAGUAAACUUUCUAAUUCUAUAAUAAAAGAAAUAGAGACUGAUGAAGAAUUAACUGAUAAAAUGAUUACUAAACCUGUUACUACUUUUUCAACGAUAAAUAUCUUUGAUAAAUCGUCGAGUAAAGAAGAUAAUGAAAAGAAUUACAAUCUUACAGACGAGCUUGUAGCGUUAAAUGACGCGAAAGAAUUGAUACAUAAUUGUAAAAGAGAAGGAGAAGAGCCAGAGGCUGUAAACCAAACGAAUGAAGAUAAUCCUGAAACUAAUCAGGACAAACAUAGUGAAAAGCUAGAAAGUGAUAUUGAAGUUACGGAAAAAUUUACGAGCCGCCCAACUACAACUACACUUUCAACUUACUCUGAAGAUUUAGUCGAGAGUAUUCUAAAUCCAACAGCUUCGUCGCUAAGUAGGCCUACAACCUUUUCUUCUUUAACCGACUAUGAAAGAAGUCCAUUAUCCAUAGCCUACGAACGUGAGUUAACCGUCACUUUCGAUCCUGAAAACGACGAACUUCCGUUUCCGGCUGUUAUUGUUGACGUCAAGCGCUACUUCGAUCGACUUUUUGUAGUAAGAGGUGUGCCUAAUACAAACCGAGGCGAUGUACUUAUGGUUGAUCCUUACACAGGAAGCUCAACAAUAGUCUAUGUCGGAAGUCCGACAUCGAUCGGUUUACAUUGGGAUAUGGAACCAAUUCUAUAUGCUACCGAUCAACAAGAAGGUGCAAUAAUGGAAAUAAAUUUAAACGACGAUACGUGCAUAGUGCAUGGUAUUGAAGCAGAAGACAACGAUCAAAAGUCGUGUCCAACCAGAAUGACAGUUAUCCAAGACGGUUAUUUAAUAAUUAUUGACCACGGUCUAGAAGCUUUACUGGCUUUCGACUGGAUAUUUGCUGUAAAAUUAAACCUUAAAAUGAAACCUCUACCCUGUGCAUUGGCCGAAGGGUCAGAACAGAGAACCUUUUUACUUUUAUUCGAAGAAGAAAGAAAAAUUAUUAAAAUGAAUGUAAAUGGAGAGUCUUUAUCCUGCUGGCAAACAUCUCUUGCUUCACCAUACCACAUUUGUCCUUAUCAUGCCGCUAAUUAUUUCAUAAUAAUCGAUAAAUUAUACGAUCAAGUUGGUUUAAUGAGGGCGUACGAUGGUAAAGAAUGGGUACCUGUAAUUAACGAUGGCGAACCAGUUGAUGGUCCAACAGCAAUUACAGCUAAUUAUGUUUUAGGAGAAAUGAUAAUCGGACAAUUUGGAAAGUUAUAUUUGUACAGAACCCGAUUUCAAUAAAAUAAUAUCAGAUUCCUUCAACUUUGCUUGUUUCUUUGCUUUCCAAUACCAUUUAAAGAAGUAAAUACAUAUUAAUUUUAGCCUCAGCCAUGCCUUAACCCA